AUACUCUUUAUACAGUAGAUAGUGUUCUACUGGUAGAUGGUCAGGUUCUCUCUGGUAUCGUCCAUGAGUACAUUUGUAUGGUGCCGUUUGGUUUGCCGUUCUACACUGUGGUCACUCAAGGGUUCAUAGCACAGGUACCACUUCUGAUCAUAACAGAGAAGAAGUUCAUCAAAUAA